UCCAAAGAGGGUGACUGCAUAAAGCCAGGGCAAGUAGGUUUACCUCCAUUGCCUUCAUCUGCUGGAGCUCCCUCUAAGCUCCCCGUGUGUUCAGCCAUGGCCUCCGAUAGCUCCUCCUCACAAACAGCCAUGAACCAGAAGUUCCUGACCCCGCAGACCAACGAGAAGGUGGAGCUGCAGCACCUGGACGACGACUUCCCCAGCGUCAUCGAGAGGGUGCGCCGCAUGGAGCUGCAGAAGCAGAACCCGACGCUUCUGGCGGAGGUGAAGCGGCCGCAAGGCCGUAAGCUCACGUACCAUGAGAGGCUCAUGGACCAGACUCCCCAGAAGGAGGACGUGGAGAGCCGCCUGGCUGCUUCCAGGGGGGUGUCCAACAUGAACCAGGCAGUUGACAAAAACUACGACGCGCUCAAGCAGGAGAUCAUAGAGUUCAGAAAACAGAUCCAGCCCUACACCCACGAUAUCGGCUCGCUCAAAGACACCAAUGAGUCCCUCAUAAGACAGAUGAGGGACAUGGAGUACCACCACAGGCUGGAGGCCGGCAGCUUGCUGUACUAUAUCGCCACGCUGGAGAUGGAGAUCGUCAACAUGAGAGAGGAGAUGGAGCACAUGGUGCAGGAGCACCAGGGCCUCCUCCACGUGAAGAGGACACAGGACCUUCAGAUCGCUGCCACCAGGAAGAUGCUGGAGGAGGAGGAGAGCAGGAUCGCCGUGCGUGAGCAGAGCUUCUCCAAACCGAACCCCAAAGAGACCAGCCGGGAGCAACAGGUGCGCGUGGUGGAGAUCAGCCACGAUUACCCCCCUGGGGUUAACUAACAGAAGCAGGACGUCAGCGAGUCGUCAUCAUGUGAGGAGGAGCAGAGAGAAGAAGAGACGACGAGGGACAAGAACAUAGAGACUCUUCUGGGUUAAAGCGGCUGCAACGUGUGGACGUAAAGCAGAGUGAUGCUGUUUUUCACUCUAUUGGGAUGUAUUUAUCUGUUGUGGUUUACUUUAUAUAUAUAUAUUAUAUUAUAUUUCUGAAGAUUUAUUUUUGAUGAAAGAUUGUAUCUUGAUUGAGAUCUUUUGGAACUUUGAAAUGUCUGCAUGACCCGGAGAACCUACAACAAAACUCAAGACAUUCAAUUACCUUCACAUUCCUCCUAACUGCUUUUAGUAGAAAACACAAUUUAUUACUAAAUAUGGUCGAGCAUUCCUACUACUGUUUUUAACAUCUCUUGCAAAACCGCAGCUCUUCAAUGGCUCAUACUUCGAAACAUGAUUUACAGUUGUUAACUUUUAUUUAUCAUAAUAUUUUUCUGCUCACAUCUUCUACCAUACUGAAGCACAAAAAAACAAAGAUCGUCUAUUAACAGAUUAUCACUUGUAUCGAUCUCUGUGCACGAGUAACACAGAUUGUAAUAAGGAAUAUAUUCUCCUGCCGUGUUUCUGUGUACGGAGAGAAUAUAUAUAUAAUAUGACGACAUGUUGGCUUCACCUAAUGGGACAGUAACAUAUUUCCAAAACCUAAUAAUUAGGAUCCAGAUCAAAUUAUUCUGGUUAAGUGCAUGAGUCUGUGCAUGCGACUGAGGCUUGCAAGGCACGUGGUGACUAUCAGGAACUGGGGGAAAGAAUAUCAUGCAGGUUUUCAAAAAAGGCGAGAAUAAUUUCCCCCCCUGGUCAUGGGUUCGUUUCCUGGUAGAUGCCUCCAGGAGAUGAAAUCCAAAGCGCAAGCUGGAUGAUUCUACGUAUGUGUGUGAAUAUCCAACGUGUGUUAGAGGCUCUUCGGGGUUAAGCAGAGUGAUGCUGUUAUUCACUUUGGAUGUAUUUAUCUGUGGUGUUUUAUUUUAUAUAUAUUAUAUUAUAUGUUAUAUUUCUGAGAAUAACUGAGACUAACCUGAUUUAUUUUUUAAGAAAAAUUGUAUCUUGAUCAAGAUCUGUUGUUGAAUAUUCAAAUGACAAUCGAAUCAACAUCUUUGCAUCCGAGACACUGCAAAAAAUAAAAGCUUUUUCCAAUGGC